AUAUACAGUAUAUAUUUUUUCUAGAAUUACUUUUUUACACUAUCCCAAAACUGUGCUGGGUCCCUGUGAUUUAAUUGGCAUAAAUAAUUAAUACAUACAUUUUAUUCUUACUAACUUAUCAGAAUCUUCUACCGCCAAGUAAUUGUUGAUAUGUUAAGUCGUUCUGGUAUAAAUUGAAAGAAUAUGUGCAAAAUGAAAAUAAAAAUCGUUUAGAGUUUAGACACUUAAAACUUUCAUAUUAUAGGCAAAAAUAAUUAGUGGUGUGUAACCUUAAUAUGGCCGUUGUGAACGACUGCAUCAGCGCAUGGUUCUAUGACAGCACGCUAUGAAAAAAUAAAAUAUAUUCAUCUGAUAUUAAUAAAACCAUUUCGUGGGAACAAAGCGGUGCCACACAAUGGAUGAAGAUCCAAAAGAAGUUUGCUAUAACCUGCACAAAACUGAAAGUACCACAAAAUAUGAGUGUACAAUAUGUGGACGCCUUCUUGCCACAAAGCAAAGAAUAUUCACCCAUCUGCACAACAAGCACCAUAAAAGUCCACUGAAGAGGGUGUAUAAGCAGUAUGAAGAUAACUCAUCAAUACCUGUACCAAAACGCACUGCAAUGAGACAUGUGCGUACAUCAGCAAGACAGCAUCUCUUUGGCAAUAAUUGUUCUUCAGGCCGGGAAUUAGAUAGUAUUCAACAGCUAUCUCCAAGAUUAACUGCUAAUACUGCGUACAACACACAUUGUCAUGCUGAAGUUGACUUUGAUAAUGUUUCACUUGAAAGACAGAGCUCUGAUAACAGUUGCUGUGCACCAUGUUCUUCAGACAACACACACUUCUCUUUAGACAAUAAUUCUGAUAAUACUUCUGCAGAUUCAGUGUUACAUAAACCACAAGAAUUCUUUUAUGAUGACCUAACAAGUGAUCAGCAUAUUGAUGACUUUUCUGACAGUGAUAAUGAGUGCAUGAGUGACCAAUCAGUAGAAUUUAGUGAUGACUCAUCAGCUGAAUCUUUCUUACAAUCAGAAGCAGGUUCAGAACUUUCUGAUCUGGAGUUGUCUGAUGAUAAUGUAAUAAGUGAUGAUGAAGACAAGAAUGUGUACUCACAAAUUGAAUUGAAUGCUCUUUGUUUUGUUUCAUAUUUUCUACGACACAAUUCAUCAGGCAUUGCCAUUAAAGACUUGCUUAACCUUUUACAAGUGUUAUGUCCAGAAUCUAGUCAAUUUAAGGAUAUAACAUAUGAUAGAAUUAUGUCCCUUGCUGGGAAUACAAACUGUAAGGUAGUUGAUUACUGCCACAUAUGUAAUCGAGCAUUUCCAGAAGACCCUGAUGUGUUU